AUGUCGGAAGAGCCAGAUACACCGCCCUUUAGCACAGUGGAUAUCAACAAUGAUAAUAGGGAUGACGAAGAUCUUUUCGCGUCUGCGGUCCAGGUAUCUUAUUGGAAUCCUGUUUUAUUAACUUGUUGUGUUUGCGUCCGCCCCCCGGCGGCCCGGCGAAACGUUGACGCCCCUCUGCAUGACGAGAAAUUAUGGAAUUUACAACAUUCCAGCAACCUUAUGGUGGAAGUCAGUUUGGACUCGGAGGUGAAUGGUGCGCGCGAAGGAAUCGAGAAGGCCGCCAUUAGUGACGCUCCGCCGUCUAUCAACGCUUCACUAGCCAGUCCAAUCAUGGAAGAGAUAGCAACAGAACGCGCAAACAACAUAAUAAUCACGAUCACGGAGCCACAAAAGAUUGGAGAAGGCAUGAGCUCAUACGUAGCGUACCGUGUCCUCACCAAAACCAAUAUGCCUAUAUUCAGCAAGCAUGAAUUCGCCGUGUUACGGAGGUUCAGCGACUUCCUCGGUCUACAUGAGAAGCUGACUGAGAAGUACUUGAGGUCUGGCAGGAUCAUACCUCCGGCUCCUGAGAAGAGUAUAGUUGGUACCACAAAGCUGAAGAUGACAUCUACACCGUCGACGGAGAGUGCGAAUGGCAGCUCAGCAGCUGGCAGCGUACAGUCGCAGUUUGUAGAGCGACGCCGUGCAGCGCUCGAGCGCUUCCUCAACCGAGUGGCUCAGCACCCCGUACUCUGCAUCGAUCCAGACUUCAGGGAGUUCCUUGAGUCAGACACAGAGUUACCCAAAGCGACGAGUACGUCAGCGCUGAGUGGCGCGGGAGUGCUGCGUCUCUUCAACAAGGUCGGCGAGACCGUCAACAAGAUCACGUACAGAAUGGACGAGUCUGACCCGUGGUUCGAGGAGCGAUCAGGUCGUGUGGAGGCUCUGGAAGCGUGUCUCCGUCGCCUAUACGGCGCGUGCGAGGCGCUGGCGGGCGAGCGGCGCGAGCUGAGCGCGCGCACGCACGAGGCGGCGCGCGCAUGCGCCGCGCUCUCCGGCGCGGACCCGCACGCGCCGCUCUCUCGCGCGCUCUCGCACACCGCUGACUUGCACGAGAAGAUCGAGCACCUGCGACUAGAGCAGUCUAACACAGACUUCUACGUGCUGGCUGAACAUGUGAAGGACUACCUCGGACUCAUCGGAGCUAUCAAGGAUGUGUUCCAUGAGAGAGUCAAGGUAUUCCAAAAUUGGCAACACGCUCAGAUGCAGCUGACGAAGCGGAGAGAGAACAAAGCCAAGGCCGAGCUCGCCAACCGGCCCGAAAAGAUCGAACAAGCCGCCAAUGAGAUUAUUGAGUGGGAAGCGAAGGUAGAGCGAGGCCAACAAGAAUUCGACACGAUAUCGCGUGUGAUCAAGAAGGAAUUGGAGCGCUGGGACGAGGUCCGUCUACACGACCUGAGACACGCGCUACUACGGUAUCUGGACGACCAUAUGAAGCAUCAGGCACAGUCGAUCCGCUACUGGGACGCGUUCCUACCGGAGGCGCGCGCCAUCAAAUGAGUGGGACUCUCCGCGCUCGCACACAGCGAAUGCGCUAACGUUAGUAAAUGAAUUCCAAUACCUUACCGAACAUACACAUACAUAUAUACACCUCGGUACAACAGAAUAAACAAUACCUUGUAGUUGAUUCAGGCUAUGAAGAUAAAUAACUUUUUGUUCAUAAUAAGUGAGCGAAUAUGAGUCAACUUCUUGUUUGAUAGUAAGCAAAAAAAGUGCUUUAUACAUGUAUAAUAAUAACUAUAGAAAUGUGUAGUAUGAACAACGUUUAAUAAACAUUUUAUAUACACUAUAGUUCCUCAUAAGCAAAUUGCGAGUCACAACAAUAUGUAUAAAAAGUGAGAAUUUCUAUAAAAGUGCUGGAAACUAAAGAUAUACAAUGAUACUGUCUGAAAUCCUAACUACAAGUUCCGUUGUUUAUUCUGUUACACCCUGUAUAUAGUGCGGAAUAGAGAUGGCGCUAUCUAGUGUAUCUUCCAUCUCUCUCUGACACAAAUUUUUAAACAACCUCCGAUGAGAGAACAAAUGGAGUGUUUAUAUAUGAAGAAAUUGUAUAUUUUCCACGCCUUAUAUAAAACUGUAAUAUUUGCAAAUAUGGCUGCCCACGCGCAUGCUUUAAAUGUCAUAUAAAAACACUCUGUUCAUUCGAAUUUAAUAUAUUUCUUCCAUAGAAACAAGUAUUUAAUAUUUUAAAUUGUUAUCAUGAGGCUUUGCAAUAGAUAAAUAAAAUUAAUAUAAAAAUUAUUGUUUGGAUUUAUCGUGAUGAAUUCUAUCAAUGUUUGCUCAGACGUUUUCAAGAUUAUCGCACACACAGACAAAGUCUGACUGUAUACUACACUUCUGAGCUUGUUUGUAUAAAGUUUUCUGUUAAUUUUUGUUAUUCAAUAUUUUAAAUACAGUUAAAUUAAAAACUUAAAUUCACAUACAUAAUUUCAAAACAUCACAUUUUUCUAUCUCUUCAAAGAAUUUAAACUUAUAUUUUAAUUUUUAUAGAUAUAUAAUUAUAUAUUUCAUAAUACUAUAACAUAGUAAAUGUGUAAUAUAAUGAAUAUGUAUAACUUAUAGUAAAUAACUAAAAUUGUAAUUGAUUUUAGAUUAAAAUUUGUAUUUUCUUAUUAUUUUUCAUGUAUUUGUAAGUCCGUAUAUAGUAAAAAUUUAGUGUAAAUCUUAUAUGUACUGCGUCAUCGGGUAAUUGUAAGAUCUUCUAUAAAAUAUAAUAACAAAAAGGGAAUUUUAAUGCCAAAUAAACAUGACAUUCCAAAUUGUUGCUAUUUAAAAAAACACGAUUUUUUAUAUUUUUUAUAACUGGCAAUAUUAAUUCAUUUACUAACGUUAUAUUUUAUGAACAUAAAUACUUUUGAUUUUACUAUUAAUUUGUUUAAAAGUCGAUUAUGUUCUUGUAUGUUUUUUCUAUAUAAAUAUUUUUAUAUUUUAAACGAAUGUAAGACUUAUUUUCUAAUUCAUACGAUUCAUCUUUAUGCUCACGUCAAUAUCCGCUAGAAAAUUAUUCUCUAAAGUCCAAUAAAGAAGUAUAUUCAAGAAAUAAUGAAUUCUGUUUUGAUAUUAAAAAAGAAAAGGUAUAUAACAAUAUGAUUGGUAAAAAUUGAAGCCUGGCUAAUAGGAUUUAUCAAAGUCAAAGCAUUUAUUUCAAUUAAACCAUAAUUUGAUACUUUUGAAACGGCAACAAAUACAAAAUAUAUAAUAGUCUGUCAGUCAGUCAGUGAAGCUAGGUGAAGCUAGGUGCUCAUUCCAAAAUGUAGAUUCGAAUGGAGAAGAACGAGAAAGAAAUUCCAUUCGUUACUCUUUAAAAAAAA